CCAACUUUGAAUUGCUUUAUACAAAGAUAAGUGGAGAGCCCAUAUCUCUUAGGACAAAGGAAUUAAGAAAAUGCUUAUCAUUCAAUCUCCAAAUCCAAUUCCAAUACAAACAUUUGCUACACUUUUCUAUAAUCUAUCUUCCUCUCUCUUCCUUAUCUUCAUCUUCUUCCACUUCACCUCCAUUUUUCUUGCCAAAUUGUUCAUCUUCUUCGGCGGCAAUCCCUUCUUCCAAAGGAAUCAAGACGGAUACGAAUUCGCCACCUUCUCCGACGAGGAAGUUGAAGAAGAGAAUGACGACUACUACGCCACCGCCGUUAAGCAGGUUGACGGAGCUGCCGCUGCAUUCGUGAAUCCGCAUGAGCCGUUCGAUCAAGAUAUUUUGGUCGACGAUGGUGAUAGUGAUGAAAGUGGCUACGCGACGCCGCCUUCAGAAAAUUAUAACUAUGAUGAUGAUGAUGAAGAAGAAGAAGAAGAAGAAGAAGAAGAAGAAGAAGAGAUUCUUGCAAGAGAUACUGAUUCAUCGUACGAUUCCGAAACAAACGAAACCGGCCCCACUACCAGAUUUAGAGAAACUAGCUUCGCGCCUACCAAUAACGUCGACAUUAAUCAUAUUCAUCAAGCUCCGGCGGCGGAGAAAAUCGAGAUGAGUUUGAGAAAAGAAGAGAAAUAUCUGGUGUUCCAAUCCGAGGGCAAGAAGCUAGUGAGAGAAGACGAUGAGAGAGAGAUGUUCGGCGACAGCUUCAACAUGGGAUCGACGUCGAAAGACUCAUCAGAGUGGCGGAGCUCCAUCAACUGCCGCGACUCCGCCACCGAAGAUCCCUUCUCGUCGUCGUCGAGGCGAAGCUGCCCCAAGUGGGAAUCCUACGCCGUUUUCCAGAAAUACGACGAAGAAAUGCUGUUUCUCGACAGAAUCUCCGCCCAAAAACUCUCCGAAACAGAGUCGUUGAGGUCGAUACAGGCGUGCCCGAGAUCGAUAUCGGAGAGAAUCGCGCACAAGAUAAGGACAAGAAGCCAAAGAUCGACAGAAUUCAAGCAGAAUCCUUAUCGCGAGCUGGAAUCUGCAUACGUGGCGCAGAUAUGCCUGACGUGGGAGGCGCUGAAUUGGAACUACAACUACUUCCAGCGGGUGCGGGCGUCGCGGCGCGAGUUCGACACGGGGUGCCCCGCCUACGUGGCGCAGCAGUUCCAGCAGUUCCAGGUGUUGCUUCAGCGCUACGUCGAGAACGAGCCUUACGAGCACGGCCGCAGGCCCGACAUCUACGCCAGGAUGAGAAGUUUGGCGCCUAAACUUCUUCAAGUUCCUGAAUAUCGAGAUUCUGAUCACGAUCAUGAGAAGAGAGAAGAGGGGCAGGGGUCGAGAAUCCCGUCGACUUCAUUUCUGCACAUCAUGGAAGAAUCGAUAAGAACGUUCAUGGAUUUCCUCAAACAAGACAAGAAGAAUCAUUAUCAAAUCCUCGCAGAUUUGUUCAAGCGAAACAGAAGGGGAUCCGCCGAUGCAACCCUCCUCCUCUUGCUAAAGAAAGUAAACAAAAAGAAAAAGGCGAAGCUGCACGAGCUGAGGCGGUCAGGGAAGUGCCUGAGGAAGAGGAAGCUCAAGGCGGAGGAGGAGAUAGCGAUCUUGAUGGCUCAAAUCGACCUCAAAAUCGUGUCAAGAGUGUUGAGAAUGGCGGAGUUGAAUGGUGACCAGCUGCAUUGGUGUGAAAACAAGAUGACCAAAGUUAGAGUCUCAGAUGGGAAACUGCAGAGAGAUUCUUCCCCACUUUUCUUCCCAGCUCAUUGAAUAAAAAAUUAACCAAGAAUAUUUCAUGACUAGAUGCUGAAUCUGCAUGCAUAUACUUUUCAUACUAUAAUACUUAACCUAACAUAUGCACUAUAUAUAUCCCACUAGAUACGUACACGGAAUAUAUAUUUUUUUAGUACGCUACGCACCCGAUGUAUAAUUCACCACUAUAUAAUCCUUUUUUCUGUAAUCGGAUGAAGAGCUACCGACGUGAUUGUGGGUCCCACGUGGUAAAGUGAAAGUUUGCAUGUGGUGGUGGGGUGGACGUAGGCUUUGAUGAGGAAGCAAAGAAUGAGAUGGGAAUGGGAUAGAGACAAUGUUAGCUUUAGCUAGCUACGUCGCUUUAUCUUUUUAUAAACAUGAAUAUUUAAUUGAAGGAGAAAAGCAAGGCUGCAAAAUAAAAUGGUGGGGGCGUUUCUGCAGAGGAUCCAUGGAUAGUAGGAUCACAUCAAAAGUAAUAAGGAUCUUAGCUAGUUUAUUUAAUUUAUUUGUUUUAGAGGUAUGGAAACUGAUAAGUCAUGUUUGACGUGUAGAUUGUACUUUAUGGUAUAUGCUUUUGUGGCAAUAAUGAGUUUGAAAUAUUAACAUAUUCGCAAUAA